GCCCAUUUGCUGUCUCUGGCGCUCAGCUUCCCCCUUCUAUUUCGAGUACGCUGUCAAACUCUCGCCCCCGAUUAUUUCACCUCUCUCUGUCUCUCUCUAUCUCCGAAUCAUAUUUUUUUCCAUUUUCUCCGAUCAGAUUCAAGCCGUCCGUCGCUUCGGAUCCAAAGGUCUCUUGGCUUGUAAAUAGUUUGGAUGAAGAUUUACUAAGCUAAUAUAAUGGAAGAGGAAGAAACACUAGAACGGCGGGAAUUUUCUGAGAAGCAUUUAGAUAAUCAUGAAGAAGGCAGGAUCAUGGAUGAAACAAUAGGGACAUCUCACACAGAAGAUGUUAACACUACCAGGAAUAAUAAGGAUGUCAUAGAUAGAAAUCUAGUUUUGCAAGGUGUAAAUUCUGUAACUACAGUUCUGGAUGAUGGUCAGUUUGAGCAGGUAUCUUUAAAAGACCAGGGUGAUCACGGGAAUUUGAUUCAAUCUCACAGUUCAGGUAAUUUGGGGCACUCAUCUGGUGGUGUUAAGGAGGCACAUGAAUUUUCAUCUGGAGAAUUUUCUAUGGAGUUUCAUUCUCCCUGUGCUGCUGGGAUGCAUCAUGAUCGCCAUAGUUCAAGCCCUGGGCCUGAAAGACAAUCUUUAUCUGAUAUUCAACAAUCAUCCUCUUCAACAAGUCUUGAUUCUGCUUUGCAUUUAUACACCGAGGGUGCGCACUCUCCCAUUGGUUCUCCACAGAAGCCUAAGCCUAAACCUGUGAUGCCGAAUGUGUCCCCAGAACUUCUGCAUUUAGUUGAUUCUGCUAUUAUGGGAAAACCUGAAAGCUUGGAGAAACUGAAGAAUGUUGUGAGUGGUGUUGAGAGUUUUGGAAAUGGAGAGGAUUCUGAGAGUAUUGCUUUCUUGGUAGUUGAUUCACUUCUUGCCACAAUGGGAGGUGUUGAAUCUUUUGAGGAGGAUGAGGAUAACAAUCCUCCUAGUGUUAUGCUAAACUCCAGAGCUGCAAUUGUAGCAGCUGAGCUUAUCCCUUGGCUUCCUUGGCAUGGAGAACUGGAGGAUUUCAUGUCCCCCAGGACACGAAUGGUUAGAGGACUGCUUGCCAUAUUGCGUGCCUGCACAAGAAACAGGGCAAUGUGUUCCACAGCUGGUUUGCUGGGAGUUCUUUUGCAGUCAGCUGAGAAGAUAUUUCUCAAGGAUAUUGGUUCAACAGAGCAAUUGAAAUGGGAUGCAACACCUUUAUGUUAUUGUAUCCAGUACUUAGCAUCGCAUUCCCUUAGUGUAAUUGACUUGCACAGAUGGUUUGAGGUCAUCAGAAGAACUAUUACAUCUACAUGGGCAGCUCGUUUAAUGCUUUCUUUGGAAAAGGCCAUUGGUGGGAAGGAAUCAAGAGGCCCAGCUUAUACAUUUGAGUUUGAUGGUGAAAGCUCUGGUUUGCUUGGUCCAGGAGAGAGCCGUUGGCCAUUCACCAAUGGAUAUGCAUUCGCGACUUGGAUCUACAUUGAAUCAUUUGCAGACACUUUGAAUGCAGCAACAGCUGCUGCUGCAAUUGCUGCUGCAGCUGCAGCUAAAUCUGGGAAAUCAUCAGCCAUGUCAGCUGCUGCUGCUGCCAGUGCACUUGCUGGUGAAGGCACAGCACACAUGCCACGGUUAUUCAGCUUCUUAUCUGCUGAUAAUCAGGGAAUGGAGGCAUACUUUCAUGCUCAAUUUUUGGUGGUUGAAGUUGGUGGUGGAAAGGGAAAGAAAGCUUCCUUGCAUUUUACCCAUGCAUUCAAGCCUCAAUGUUGGUAUUUUGUUGGUUUGGAGCAUACUUGUAAGCAGGGGUUACUUGGGAAGGCAGAGAGUGAGUUAAGGUUGUAUAUAGAUGGAUCCUUGUACGAAAGCCGUCCUUUUGAUUUCCCACGAAUCUCAAAGCCUCUUGCUUUUUGCUGCAUUGGGACUAACCCUCCGCCGACAAUAGCUGGUUUACAACGUCGUCGUCGUCAGUGCCCUUUGUUUGCGGAGAUGGGGCCUAUUUACAUUUUUAAGGAACCAAUUGGUCCAGAGAAGAUGGCACGUUUGGCUUCUAGAGGAGGUGAUGUGCUUCCUUCUUUUGGAUAUGGGGCAGGGCUACCAUGGCUAGCAGCAAAUGAACACGUGCAAGGCAUGGCAGAAGAAAGUGCACUUUUGGAUGCUGAAAUUGGAGGCUACCUUCAUCUUCUAUACCAUCCCAAUUUACUAAGUGGGCGCUACUGUCCAGAUGCUUCUCCAAGCGGUGCUGCAGGCAUGCUCAGAAGACCUGCUGAAGUUCUUGGGCAAGUACAUGUUGCUACUAGAAUGCGGCCUACAGAGGCUUUGUGGGCACUAGCCUAUGGAGGUCCCAUGUCUUUACUUCCACUUGCAGUUAGCGAUCUAGAUGAGAAAAGCUUGGAACCAAGACAAGGGAGCCCUUCUUUGUCUUUGGCCACAACCUCACUAGCUGCUUCAAUAUUCAGAAUUAUUGCCAUGGCCAUUCAACACCCAAGAAACAAUGAAGAGCUAUGCCGAACAUGGGGGCCAGAGGUUUUGUCCCGAAUCUUGACUUAUCUUUUUCAAACUUUGUCUUCCCUUGAAGCUGGAAAUCACGAUGGAGUAGGAAAUGAGGAACUUGUCGUUGCAAUUGUCUCAUUAUGUCAAUCUCAGAAAUAUAACCAUGCGCUAAAAGUGCAACUUUUUAGCACACUACUCCUAGAUCUGAAGAUUUGGAGCUUCUGCAAUUAUGGACUGCAAAAGAAACUUUUAUCAUCACUUGCCGAUAUGGUGUUCACAGAGUCAUCUGUGAUGCGGGAUGCUAAUGCUAUUCAGACGCUACUUGAUGGCUGCCGGAGAUGCUAUUGGAUUGUUCGUGAAAAUGAUUCAGUGAACACAUUUUUGCUACAUGAUGAAAUUCGUCCUGUUGGUGAAGUGAAUGCUUUGGUUGACGAACUAUUAGUAGUAAUUGAACUCUUAAUUGUAGCAGCUCCUCCUGCAUUAGCUGUGGAUGAUCUACGUUGUUUGCUGGGUUUCAUGAUUGACUGUCCACAACCUAAUCAGGUUGCCAGGGUGUUACACCUGAUCUACAGGUUGAUAGUGCAACCAAAUGCUUCUAGGGCACAGACAUUUGGAGAAGCAUUCAUAUCAUGUGGUGGGAUAGAAACACUACUUGUACUACUGCAGCGGGAAGCCAAAGCAGGAGACACUGACGAACCAGACUCGUCAUUUGAGAAUGAUGGGGCAUCACCUUCCCAGGAGUUUGAAGUUGACAGUGGCAUUGGAGUUAUCCAAAGGAAUCAUAAUGAUGAUAUUAUAGCACCCCUUGAAGAAAAGGAUCUCACUUCACAUGGAAAGGAAUUUGUCCCUGAAUCUUUUAAUAAUGAUAACAACUUUGUUGGUGUUUCAGAACGUGCGAGCAUUGAGAGAAAGGCAUCUGCCUCUGAGAACCCCUUAUUAAAAAAUUUGGGUGGCAUAAGUUUUUCUAUAAGUGCUGAUAAUGCCAGGAAUAAUGUCUAUAAUGUUGACAAAGGUGAUGGCAUUGUGGUGGGGAUUAUUGGCCUGAUAGGUGCCUUAGUUGCAGCAGGCCAUUUGAAAAUUGGUUCACAUGCUCCUCCAGAUGUAACUAGCAACCUUAUGGUUUUGCAUGAGGCUGGUGGCACCAUGUUUGACGAUAAAGUUUCUCUUCUCCUCUUUGCUCUGCAGAAGGCAUUCCAAGCAGCACCAAACAGGCUCAUGACUAGCAAUCUCUACACAGCUUUAUUAGGUGCCUCGAUAAAUGCUUCGUCAACAGAUGGUGGGCUGAGCUUUUAUGAUUCUGGUCAUCGCUUUGAACAUUUGCAGCUUUUGUUGGUUCUUUUGCGUUCACUUCCAUAUGCACCAAGUGCAUUUCAAAGUCGGGCAUUACAGGAUCUCCUGAUUUUGGCUUGCAGUCAUCCAGAAAAUAGAAAUUGCCUUACUACGAUGGAGGAAUGGCCCGAGUGGCUUUUGGAAGUCCUUAUUUCAAAUUACGAGAGAGGUGCAAGUAAAAAGUCAAAUUCUUCAAGCUUGGGUGACAUAGAAGACCUGAUUCACAAUUUUUUGAUAAUCAUGUUGGAGUAUUCAAUGCGCCUAAAGGAUGGAUGGAAGGAUAUUGAAGCUACAAUUCAUUGUGCAGAAUGGCUUUCUAUGGUGGGUGGAUGUAGCACUGGAGACCAAAGGGUCAGACGUGAAGAAUCAUUGCCUAUUUUCAAAAGGAGGUUGCUAGGUGACUUGUUGGACUUUGCUGCCAGAGAACUUCAGGUUCAGACUCAAAUAAUUGCCGCAGCAGCUGCUGGUGUUGCAUCUGUGGGGUUGUCACCAGAAGAUGCCAAGGCAGGAGCAGAGAGUGCUGCUCAACUAUCUGUGGCUUUGGUUGAGAAUGCAAUUGUGAUUUUAAUGCUUGUUGAAGAUCAUUUACGGCUACAAAGUAAACUUUAUAUUACCUCACAUAUUCCAGCUGGAUAUGUUUCCCCCCUGUCAUUGGUUUCUAUUGGUGGAGAGUCUUUGGAAGUGGCAGGUGAUAGGAAAUCAUCGUCUAGUGACACUGCAGGUCUCUCUAUUGAUGUUCUUGCUUCAAUGGCUGAUGCAAAUGGGCAAAUUUCUACAGCAGUGAUGGAACGACUUACUGCUGCAGCAGCAGCUGAGCCUUAUGAAUCUGUUGCCUGUGCUUUUGUAUCAUAUGGUAGUUGUUCUAUAGAUUUAGCUGAGGGUUGGAAGUAUAGGAGCAGAUUGUGGUAUGGUGUUGGACUUCUACCUAAAACUACAGCCUUUGGUGGGGGUGGCAGUGGCUGGGAGUCUUGGAAAUCUGCUUUGGAAAAAGAUGAUAAUGGGACUUGGAUUGAACUUCCUCUAAUCAAAAAGUCAGUUGCCAUGCUCCAAUCUUUGUUGUUAGAUGAGUCUGGACUUGGUGGUGGUCUUGGCAUUGGAGGAGGAUCUGGUACUGGUAUGGGUGGUAUGGCAGCUCUUUAUCAGUUGCUUGAUAGUGACCAACCAUUCUUAUGCAUGCUCCGAAUGGUGCUUGUUUCAAUGAGAGAAGAUGAUGAUGGUAAAGAUUGCAUGCUUCCGAGUAUAAACAAUGAGGACAGAUUGUCAGAGGGAUCACAUCAUAAUGCUAACGACUUGUCAUUCUUAAAUCACAAUUCUCGAAUGUUAACAAGGCAACCACGUUCAGCAUUGCUGUGGAGUGUGCUUUCACCUGUUUUAAACAUGCCAGUAUCUGAGUCCAAGAGACAGAGAGUAUUGGUAGCAUCUUGCGUUCUCUAUUCUGAGGUGUGGCAUGCCAUCAGCAGGGAUAGAACCCCUCUUCGUAAGCAAUAUCUAGAGGCUAUUUUACCACCAUUUGUUGCUGUUCUGAGGAGGUGGCGGCCUCUGUUGGCAGGAAUUCAUGAACUCGCUACUGCAGAUGGGUUGAAUCCUCUUGUUGUUGAUGAUCAUGCACUGGCUGCAGAUGCACUGCCUAUAGACGCUGCUCUUGCCAUGAUUUCUCCUGGCUGGGCUGCUGCUUUUGCAUCACCACCUUCUGCAAUGGCAUUGGCAAUGAUUGCUGCUGGAGCAGCAGGUGGGGAAACCCCAGCACGUGUAACAACUACACAACUUAAGCGUGAUUCAUCAUUGCUUGAGCGCAAAGUAACUCGACUUCAAAACUUUUCAAGCUUUCAAAAACCUCCAGAGGUGCCCAACAAGUCACCAGCCUUUCCAAAGGAUAAGGCUGCUGCCAAAGCUGCUGCAUUGGCUGCGGCACGUGAACUUGAACGCGAUGCGAAGAUUGGUUCUGGAAGAGGUCUAAGUGCUGUUGCAAUGGCCACAUCUGGACAGAGGAGGAGCAAAAGUGAUAUGGAGCGUGUAAACAGAUGGAGUGUUUCUGAAGCUAUGGGAACUGCCUGGACAGAAUGCUUGCAGUCAGUUGAUUCAAAAUCAGUUUAUGGGAAGGAUUUUAAUGCCCUAUCAUAUAAGUUCAUUGCUGUCCUUGUGGGAAGUUUAGCUUUAGCUAGAAACAUGCAACGAUCAGAGGUUGAUAGGCGGACACAAGUUGAUGCUAUAGCCUGCCGUCGUUUAUGUACUGGAAUACGGUCAUGGCGUAAACUCAUACAUUGCUUGAUAGAGAUGAAUUGUCUUUUUGGGCCAUUUAGAGAUGAUUUAUGCAAUCCUAAGUGUGUUUUCUGGAAGCUAGACUUUAUGGAAAGUUCUUCUAGGAUGAGGCCAUAUUUGAGGAGGAACUACACUGGGUCUAACCAUUUAGGAGCUGCUGCAAAUUACGAAGACCAUAUGGUGUUAAACCAGGUUAAAGGGGGCGACAUAAGUCCAUCUAAAACAUCUAUUUUGGCCGCUGAAGCUAUAUCAAUGGAGGUGGUGAAUGAGGAUGAGGAGCAUGAAGUCAUUGAUAAUUUAGAGGAGAUGGCAGAGGAAGGCCGACAACAUGGGGACACUGCUACAAGGUUGUCUGGAAGCACUGAGCAACCUCUACAGGUACCUGAUGAACCUGCAGAUCCUCAACCUACCAGCAGCCAGGACUUGCUGGAAAAUUCACCAGCAAUAGCCCCUGGCUAUGUUCCUAACGAACACGAUGAAAGAAUUGUUCUUGAGCUUCAAUCUUCUAUGGUCCGUCCAUUAAGGGUUCUACGAGGAACUUUUCAAAUAACAACAAGAAGAAUUAAUUUUAUUGUUGAGAGCAUUGAUAGCAUUUCUACGGGGAAUGGACUGGAUCACAGUUCUGAAAGUAGAGUUCAGGAAAAGGAUCGAAGUUGGUUGAUGUCUUCCCUACAUCAAAUCUACAGCAGAAGGUAUCUUCUGAGAAGAAGUGCACUGGAAUUGUUUAUGGUUGACCGGUCAAACUACUUCUUUGAUUUUGGGAGUGCUGAGGGGAGACGAAAUGCAUAUCGGGCUAUUGUUCAUGCCCGUCCUCCUCAUUUGAACAAUAUUUAUCUAGCAACACAGAGACCAGAACAACUCUUGAAGAGAACUCAGCUUAUGGAGCGUUGGUCUAGGUGGGAGAUCAGCAAUUUUGAAUAUCUAAUGCAACUCAACACAUUGGCUGGGCGUAGUUAUAACGACAUUACUCAGUAUCCUGUUUUCCCGUGGAUUCUUUCUGAUUAUACUUCCAAAAGUUUGGAUCUAUCAAAUCCUUCUUCUUACCGAGAUCUUUCAAAGCCUAUUGGAGCACUGGAUUCUGAUCGGUUGAAAAAGUUUCAAGAGAGAUACUCCAGUUUUGAAGAUCCUGUCAUUCCCAAGUUCCAUUAUGGUUCACAUUAUUCAAGUGCUGGAACUGUGUUAUAUUAUCUUUUUAGAGUGGAGCCAUUUACUACUCUUUCUAUUCAACUACAAGGUGGUAAAUUUGAUCAUGCAGACAGAAUGUUUUCAGAUAUUGAUGCUACUUGGAAGGGAGUUCUUGAGGAGAUGAGUGAUGUGAAGGAAUUGGUUCCUGAGAUGUUUUACCUCCCAGAGAUCUUGACUAAUGAGAACUCAAUUGAUUUUGGUACAACACAACUUGGUGAAAAACUUGAUUCUGUCAAACUGCCUCCUUGGGCCAGAAACCCUGUUGAUUUCAUUCACAAGCAUCGAAUGGCUCUAGAGAGUGAACAGGUUUCUGCACAUUUGCAUGAAUGGAUUGAUCUCAUAUUUGGCUAUAAACAACGAGGAAAAGAAGCUAUAGCCGCAAAUAAUGUGUUCUUUUACCUUACCUAUGAAGGAACAGUGGAUAUUGAUAAAAUUAUACACCCAGUACAACAACGGGCCACACAAGAUCAAAUUGCUUACUUUGGACAAACCCCAUCUCAGCUUCUAACCAUCCCUCACAUGAAGAAGAUGCCACUGGCAGAUGUGCUUCACAUGCAGACCAUCUUUCGGAACCCCAAAGAAGUCAAACCGUAUGUUAUUCCAUCUCCAGAACGCUGCAACCUACCUGCUGCUGCCAUUGAUGCAUCUUCAGAUUCUGUUAUCAUUGUUGAUAUAAAUGCUCCAGCAGCACAUGUUGCACAACACAAGUGGCAGCCGAACACCCCUGAUGGACAUGGAACACCAUUUCUUUUCCAUCAUGGAAAGGCCAGUGCGAGCUCCACUGGUGGAACAUUCAUGCGCAUGUUCAAAGGACCAACUGGUUCUGGUAUGGAGGAGUGGCAUUUCCCUCAAGCACUUGCAUUUGCAGCCUCUGGAAUUAGAAGUUCUGCCGUGGUUGCUAUCACUAGUGAUAAAGAAAUUAUUACAGGCGGGCAUGCGGAUAACAGUGUCAGACUGAUUUCAUCUGAUGGAGCAAAGACAUUGGAAACAGCCAGAUGGCAUUGUGCUCCGGUCACUUGCCUGGCUCUAUCACCUGAUGGCAACUACCUUGUUACAGGAUCCAGAGAUGCAACAGUUCUAAUUUGGAGAAUGCAUAGGGCAUCCACUCCUCAUUUAAGCAGUGUAUCAGAAUCUUCCACUGGCCCAGGCACACCAACCUCGACAGGCAGCAAUACUAUAAGAAAUGCCUUGGCAGACAAGAGUAGGAGACGGCGGAUAGAGGGUCCCACACAUGUCCUCCGAGGCCAUUUUGGGGAAAUAAUAUGCUGCUGUAUCAGUUCAGAUCUUGGAAUAGUUGUGUCAUGCUCCAACUCCUCAGAUGUUCUGCUCCAUUCAGUAAGAAGGGGUCGCUUAAUCAGAAGGCUGGACGGUGUGGAGGCCCAUGCAGUUUGCCUUUCAUCUGAUUCGGUCAUAAUAGCUUGGAACAAAUCCCUUCAUACUCUCAGCACCUUUACUCUUAAUGGGACUCUGAUAGCUAGGGCACAACUCCCUUCUACUUGCAGCAUUAGUUGUAUGGAGGCUUCUGUUGACGGACGGAAUGCUUUGAUUGCAUUGAACUCGUGUUCAGAAAAUGAGACAGCCUCUGAAACCUGCAGACAAUGGAAAUUAAUGAAAGCAGGGGUUAUGGAUGAAAGCGUGGAAUCGCAUCAAACAAAUGAUGACAGCAUAAUGGAAAUUCCAUCACCUUCAAUUUGCUUCGUUGAUCUGCAUUCGCUAAGGGUUUUUCACACAUUAAAAUUGAGGGAAGGGCAAGAUAUUACAGCCCUGGCUCUGAGCAAGGACAACACCAAUCUUCUGGUGUCAACUGCUGAUAAAGAAUUGACAAUCUUCACUGAUCCUGCUUUGAGCUUGAAGGUGGUUGAUCACAUGCUGAAGCUAGGGUGGGAAGGUGAUGGACUGAGCCCCCUGAUAAAGUGAAACUUUGAGGCCAGUGGUUUAUGAUUUUGUAAUUGUUGGAGCUUUGGCAUGAUUUUGUAUAAACAAGAAGAUACAUACCAUCAAAAGUUGAUACCACAAGGGUAAGCUGGACAGGCAAAUUUGAUAUAAUUAGCUGUUGGAGGCUGUCUUUUGUGGCUGUAACAUAUGUAUGGAAGAAAUGUAAUGCUUUGGCAUAUUAAAAUAUUACACGAGUGUGAAGUAUGUUAGAUUCAUGCAGGGUUUCUGCUGUGUUUUUUUGACUUGAUUCAGUUGUAAAUUUGCUCGUUAAUUGGGCUUUGAUCAGUAUGUUUAUUUUUAUCCCUUAUUUGGAUAUCAAUGGAAUGACAGUUCAAUAGUUAA